ACAACUAACAUUAUCAAAAUUAACUCACUUAAAAAUGAGCACAAUCAUAUUUUUAUACCUAUAAUUAAUGAAAUUGCAUCUCAAUUUCAAAAGUUGACAUCUGAGAUGUUAGCUGAUAUCAAAAGGUAUAUGAUUCAAG